UCAUGUUUAAGGAACAAUUUCCAUGGCGAUUACCCAAAAAUGUGGUCUUCCUGAAGCAAUUUUCUCUACUUUUGUGGAGUUUCUGUGAUCACCAACUCCCCUUUCCAUAUUUUGCUUCUUUGUGCUGUGGCAACUGUUUGAGAAACCAUGGCCACUCAGGAGCAUGAGAUCUCGAAGGGAUGGCCAUUUGGGCUAGAGAUUAUGAAGGCAAGACUUCAAGUGCUGGAGAGCAGACAGCAGCAGACUGCUCCAGCAGCCGCAGAUCAACCUUACUCCAUUCAAGUGCGAUCAAUCAGUUUCUCCUCAUUCUCAUCCUCCAACCUUGACACUGAGUCCACAGCAUCGUUCUUCCAAGACCAUAGUGUGUCACUAGGCAAACUGAUUGGAUUUAAGGCCGGAGAAGGAAGAAGAAGCUUUUACUUCCCGAAUGGAUUCCAUUUUGAAGAGGGUAAUCAGAAAAUAUCAGUGAGAGGUGGAACAUUCUCCAAUAUGGGUAUGAAUACGACUGAACCACAUCAACAUGGAGUUCAUACAUCUGCUGGAAUUUGUAUUCCUCUUCUGCAUAAGAUGAGCCGAAGCAGAAGCAAACCAAGACACUAAUCAAUCUUCAGAUUCAGAAUAAAUAUUCAUGGCUUCUGCCAUAUCCUGUUUUCAGAAAUUUGUGAUUCAUUUCAUUGUUGCUUCUACAAGUUUUCCUUUGUAAGUGGCUGCUUGGCACCGUUUGGAAUAACAUAUUGUACUUGGCAUAA